GUACAUUUGGAAAUUAAUUAAAUCAUCAUCAUCUUAUUAAUUUAGCCAUGUGCAAAUAGUUGAUCUCCACCGUUGAUCUACCUAUUUAAACAAAUAAUAGCACAUACAAAGUUUUCAUUUUUAUAGAGAGAUAGAGAAAGAGGUAUAACAUGGGAUGUGACAAGGGAUUCUCCAGCAGUUACAUGCUAUUGAAGCCAGAAGAAGUGAAGUUUUUUGAUCUGAUUAGAAUCUUGUUCUCAAGUAACGUAGAGAAGAGAAAGUUUGUGGAGUUUUGUCCGGCAGAUGGAGCGGCGGCGGCUGCGGCGGAGGAAGUGAAUUUCCGGCGAAGAUGGAUGAUUUUGGUAUCCAUAUUGGCACAAAAGUUUCUUCUGUUUACAUCUAGGCUAUUGGUGUGGUUGGGUUCUGGUUUUGAGAUGUGGCUUAACCUUGUCUCUCUUAAUCAAAAUGUGGCCCGCCUUAUCCUCAAUUUCUUUCAAGGGAAAGUGGUAAAGCCAGAUAAAACAUCAGAAAUGUUCGUGUCGUUUAUUGGAAAUUUGGACAAGAGAAUGGAUCUAGACACCAACAUCAAAUUUGGGGACCCCAGAUAUUAUGGGUCACUCUCUAUGAUGGCCUCUAAGGCAUCCUAUGAAAACACUGCUUACAUUCAAAAUAUAGUCAACCAUCAUUGGAAGAUGGAGUGCUUAGGAACCUACGACUUUUGGAACGAAUAUCUAGAAAAGCCAUCCACACAAGCCUUCUUACUUCGAGACAAGGGAAACGACCAUGAAACGAUUGUCGUUGCAUUUAGAGGAACUGAACCAUUCGAUGCUGAAGAUUGGUGUUCUGACUUCGACAUUUCUUGGUACGAGCUUUCUAAAGUUGGCAAAAUCCAUGGUGGGUUUAUGAAAGCUUUGGGCCUACAAAAGAACCUGGGCUGGCCCAAAGAUAUUCAGGCCCAAAACGACACCGAUUUGGACAGGGAGCAGCAGAACCGCCCGGCUACUGCUUACUAUGCCAUUAGGGAUAAACUAAGGGAGUUGUUGAGUAAAAACGACAAAGCAAAUUUCAUAUUGACAGGGCAUAGUCUUGGUGGUGCCCUAGCUAUUCUUUUUCCAACUGUUUUGGUAUUACAUGAGGAUGAUUUUUUGUUGGAGAGAUUGGAGGGUGUUUACACUUUUGGGCAACCUAGGGUUGGAGAUGGGCAAUUUGGGGAAUUCAUGACCAAAAAAUUGAGAGAGCAUAAGAUAAAGUAUUUUAGAUUUGUUUAUGGUAAUGACAUGGUUCCUAGGUUGCCUUAUGAUGACAAGGAUCUCUUGUUCAAGCAUUUUGGCACUUGCUUCUACUUCAACCGCCACUACCAUGGAAAGAUAGUGGAAGAAGAACCAAACAAGAAUUAUUUUUCACCCCUAGGGGCAGUACCAAUGAUGAUGAAUGCAUUUUGUGAGUUGGUAAGAAGCUUCACUAUUCCAAGAAAAAAGGGAAAAGAGUACAAAGAAGGGAACUUCUUAAGAUUGUUUAGGAUCAUUGGUUUGGUAAUGCCAGGCAUACCAGCUCAUAGUCCACAAGAUUAUGUUAAUGCCACACGAUUAGGAUCCUCGAAUAUCUUCCAACAACACCCUCCUCAUCAUCCUCCUUCCCCUGAAAUUGUAUAGAUUAUUAGAAUAUACUAUUUAUAUAUAUAUAUAUAUAACUCUGAUUAUGUUAAUAUUACUACAUACUUUUGUUCUUAAUUGAACUUAAUUUUGAUAUGCA